AUGGAUUCUGAUUCAGGGCGUAAGGGACGACGUGCUGAGACAUCCCGCUUCUUCCUUGCAUUGCGAAUGCAUGGAACCGUUUUUGAUUUCAUGGUCCAGCACCUACCUGGCCGUUCGCGUAACGAUGUCUACCGCAAAUUCAAAUUAGAAGAAAAGAAGAAUCCGGAAUAUGUGGACCAAAUGUUGAGGGCAAGAAUUCCAUUUGACCCAACCCUGUUUGAGCCUAAUGGUGAUGUCAUUGACACUGUCGUUGCAAAGGGGAAAAAGGGAAGAGGAAAGAAGCCUGGCAAAAAGGAAGUUGUCGAAGAAAAUCAUCUGAACAGAGUAGAAGCUGCAGCUCCAGCUCCAGUUGCUGAAACCAAGGAGAAAAGAGGACGUGGAAAGAAAGCUCAACCACGAGUAGCAAAAUCUGAAGAAAUGAGUUCAUCACCCGAAGUUAAUCCUGAACCAGUUGAGGAAACUGCACAAGAAAAGGACGUUCAGGUGUGGGUGUUCAAGGUGGUUGCAGAGCCUAAAUCAAAGCCUGGACCAAAAUCUAAAACAGGGCCUAAAUCCAAAAUGGAAACUAAACCAACUGAAGCGGAAUCUGAAACUACUCAGGUUGUUGAACCAGAAGUUGUGGAGAAGAAAGGGCGAGGGAAAAGGGGUAACCAAGUGCUCGAUACAGCGCCUCCAACCGUCACAGAGGUGGUUACUGAUCAACCCGAAGUCCAAGCUCCGCCAGUCGUUGCUGCAGCAACUGAAGUUUCUCCAGCUCCUGAAGUCAAGAAAGGACGUGGAAAAGUAAAGGCCACAGUCGAAGAAGUCCCAGAACCAAAGGAAUCAGAAAAUCUAGUCACAAACGAACCAGACACUAAAGAGAAACGGGGCCGAGGCAGACAAGCUUCAUCGAAAGACGGAACCGAAAAAGCUGCCAAGGCCAGUGAGGAGCCGCUACCUAAUGACGAGACUGAAUCUCCUCUUCCCGCAUCUCCUGUAGCUGAAACUAAAGAAAAGCGAGGCAGAGGACCACAGGCCAAGGCGCAAGCUGAAGCUCCUGUCGAAGAAACGACCGAAGCUGUAGAAGUUGUUCCAGCCAAAAGAGGUCGUGGGAAGAAGGCAGCCGCUCCAGCUGCGUCCAAAGCUGACGCCGAGGAGGAAGCAGUUGAAGAGGUUGACGCCGAGGAGGAAGCAGUUGAAGAGGUGAAAGAGGCUAAAGCGAAGGGAAAGAAAGGAGCUGCUGCUGCCAAGAAACAUGUUGAAGAAGAAGUAGAGAAACCUGCAGUUCCAGAAGAACCAGCUGCUCCUGUUAAAACUGUGGUGGAAUCGCCGGAAACUUCGAAAGCUGUUCCAGCCAAGAGAGGUCGCAGAAAGAAGGCAACCCCACUGGCCAAGGUGGCUGGGGAUGAAGAAGCCGAGGCAGUUGCAAAGGUUAAAGAGACUAAAGCCAAAGGAAAGAAAGGACCUGCGGCGAAGAAACAGGCUGAGAAAAAAGUUGCUGAGAAGAAAGGAGUCGUCAAGAAAGAUGACAAAGCAACGGAACUUCCUCUGCGAGUCGUCAAUGGACUGGAAGAAGAUAGUGAAACAAAUCCGUCGAAGCGGAGUAAAACUUCCGAGGAUGCCGAAGCUGCUGCGGAAGAGCCGGAGAAAAAGGCUGGCCGAGGACAAAGGCAAGCGCGGCGGAAAAGAGGAAGUUACUGA